UUCUGGCUUCCAAUCAGAAGCAGAACGUCAGAAGUUUGCCUUUUGCCAAAAAAUUGUAUGUUCCCUCAAAAUUGUUUUGAGAAAAAAGUAUAUUUCGAAAUUUUGGAAAAGCAAUUUAGCAAAAAAUUUCACACUUCUUAUCUUCAGUGUUAUGUUCAAGACUCGAUUUUAAACUAAAGUAGGUGCUUAGUUUAAAAGACGAAGAAUAAAAUGAUGCGCAUGAAGCUAUCCACAUAAAUCAUCACAAUACCAUUCAGCAACUAUUUUCGAAUAGAAAUCCUACUCAAGGAUAACGGAGAAGAAGAAAAAUCGAGAAAAAAUGACCGAACCAGCAGCCAACAUCAAUAUGCCGCGCCCAGAGAAUGGCAAUGGAAACAAUCCGGAUGUUAUCAUUUCACCUCCCGUCAAUAAUGCUAACAAUCGAAACAGGAACUCUCAGAAUGCUUUGAUCAACGUGCGGGAUAGGCUUUUUCAUGCCAUUUACUUCAAGGCGGCAGUGCUCUACGCCCAGAUAUUUCCCAAACCAAUGCAGCGGGCUUUAGAGUUAAUAAUACUUUUGAAGGCAUUGGGCUUUUUCUUUGCCUUGGUCUAUAUUCAUGUGACAUUUAUUAAGAAUCCAGCAACAUGCUUAAUGGAUGUUAAGGACUGGCCACGAGAUGGUGUCCUCCGUGUGGAAGUUUUACCUAAUUUGGACAAACACAAGGCUCAAUUGGAAGCAGCUAGGUUGGAUCGAAUGCUUAUGAAAAGUCUGCAGGAAAAUUUCUACUAUGGCAUUGGACCUCAAUCAAAGGUUUAUUAUAGUAAGUACAAAGAACUCCUUAAACGAACAUCUGGUCAGUUUCGUCAAAGAUAUUUUCCCGCUGGUACAAUCGCUGCGAAUGACACAACAGUCCAAUACUUUGAGUACUCUGUUCCUGAUGCAUCAAAGGAGACUUCAGCUAAUGAAAAAAACACACCAACAGAUAACACUGAAUAUGAAGAGGAUCAAUACAUUGUGGAGUAUUCCUUAGAAUAUGGUCACUUAAGGCUGUCUCAGGCCACACGUCAACGACUCAAAAUUCCAGUUCGAGUGGUCCAAUUAGAUCCAAUGAACAAUAAGUGCUUUGGAGAUUCAUUUAGUAAAUUUCUUCUUAAAGAAUUUUUAGGAUACGAUGAUCUACUGAUGGCUUCUGUUCGUGUAAUUGCCGAACAAGAAGACAAUAAAGGUUAUCUAAGGAACGUAAUUACAGGAGAGCAUUAUCGUUUUGUGUCAAUGUGGUGGGCUGCAUGGAGUUCCUAUCCAACAGCAUUUUGUGUAAUGUUGCUCUUUACAUUCUCUAUCUCAAUGCUAUUGCGUUUUUCUCAUCAUCAGAUUUUUGUUUUUAUCGUUGACUUGCUUCAAAUGUUGGAGUUUAAUGUUACAGCCAGAUUUCCAAUAGCACCACUGCUGACAGUCAUAUUAGCGUUAGUCGGAAUGGAAGCCAUAAUGUCGGAAUUCUUUAAUGACACCUCUACCGCUUUUUAUAUUAUUUUAAUUGUUUGGAUGGCAGAUCAAUACGAUGCUAUUUGUUGCCAUACCAGCAUUACAAAACGCCACUGGCUUAGAUUCUUCUACCUUUAUCACUUUUCAUUCUAUGCCUACCAUUAUCGAUUUAGUGGACAAAACCGAAGUCUGGCUCUUGUUUCAUCAUGGCUCUUUAUUCAGCAUUCAAUGUUUUACUUUUUCCAUCACUACGAGCUGCCAGUUAUAAUUCAGCAAGCUCAGUUCCUUAUCAUUGCUCGAAAUCAAACCGGACAGAAUGCACCCGCCGGCGCUGCCGGUGUAGGGCUGGCAAAUCGUAUUGGUCUACUCCGCAAUAAUGCUCCGAAUAAUCAAAUUAUCCGAAAUCAAAUUGCCAACAACAUGCUGGGUGGGCUCCUGCGGCAGUUAUUUGAGACAAGAGCACAUGCCAUAAAUACACUACGGCGUGUACUCUUUGGAACAGGGUGGAUGGCUCCUGUACGAGUUCGAGUUGAAAUUGGGAAUUUGCAACGAAUUAAUUUGGAUUCAAUCCAAAUAAAUCCAGCAAACUUUCCUCUUUCGGUGGGCGUACCAAACGCCCCAAUCCCAGAUCAUAAUCGUCGCAUAGAAACAACGGACCCACCUGCCAACACCUCAAGUAGCCCUGCAAACGAUAUGACAAUAAGGAGCUCGGAAACCGAGCCGCAAAUACCUCAAAGUCAAAGUACCACUCUUGCACGAGAAAACAACGAAAAUCAAAUAGCAUCUGAGAGCAGUGCAUCUGAGAGCAGUGAAAAUUAUAAAAGCAGCCCUAUACCACCAUCUGAAUGCGACCCAUCACUUUCACCAGAGGAACCAGAGAAUGGAAAAAGUUUGAUGACAACGCAGCCAACUGGAUAUCAAUUUUUGGGACCAACCGAAAGGAAUACCGACGGCGACGUCGAGGUCGAUAAACACAAUUCGUUUGCCGAAGAAAGGGUCUCGGCAUCACCCCCAUCUAGAGAAAAUGACAAACAAAUUUCCACAAACCUAUCACUAAAGGACGCCCAUGUAAAUUCCAGUGGCAUCAACAUCGUUUCAAAGCCGAACGUCGAUUCAAUGAAAAUCGCUGCGACAAAAGACAGUGCUGCACUCCGAAGUCGGGAAUUCAAAGUUUCCCCCACAAUGAAGGAAAAAGGAUUCCAUUCCGUCUGCGGUGGAUACAGUUCUGUUGCACUGAACGAAGAAGGCGCAUCGCAGAAACACUUGUCUGACAAUGAAAGCAGUGAAGCACCUUCAACAAUAGAAGCAAAUUACUCACAUGAGCAACAGCAAUUCAGCAAUGAAGGGAGCAUCGGUGAUAAAACGACACAAGGAGGUGAGUUGGUGGUGGUGCAGAGUGAAACGGAUACGGAUGCGAACACAGGAGCAGCUACAGCUACAGCUACAGCGGAAAUCAAUGAAAAGCACAACAUGAACGGGGAAGUGAGCAAUUUUACUCACAACGACUUCACAGUGAUUGCGGAUGAAGAUUCAAGUUUGACUGCUUCUCGGACAACCCCUUCUGAGUAAAAAACCAAAAAAGUAGCAAAACACAGAACAUUUUUAUGACGGCGACGCGACGUAUUACAGAUAUGCUGGCUCUAUUUUCCAUACUUUCUUAUUUUUGUAAUUAUUUCGCCUUGCCAAAAAAGCAUGAAAAUUAAAAAGCACUGCUCGAAUAUUUCCUUGAAAAAUUAUAUAGCAGACUUUUGUAAUUUUUAUCUCAAUCUGUAUAUUGUUCUGGAAUCUGAACGUGAAAAGAUUGUAUAUGAAUAAACUAGAAGACGGUUUCCCUAUUUUUAUUUAAAUUUUGAAUUUUUUUUUGUUUAUAAAAACUAGAUUAGCGAAAAAAAUUGCGAGCAAUGUUGCAACUGGUCCUAUUCCAUCGACUUGUGCUCAUUUUGUUUUGACUUUAAGUUAAAUUAAUUAAUUGUAUUAAUAAUGUUAUAAUGAUGAGCUUGUUGGCGUUUUUUGUGGCCGGCUUUAUGAUGAUACUAAAAAAUAUUGAUAGUGAUUUAAUGUGUACCUAUUUAAUAAUGAAAAUGAAAUAGAUGUUUUUAAAAAUGAUAUCCCUUAAACUGAAAUAAAGAAAACCCAAUGUGGUCUGUAUUUGACUUCAUUGUGAUCAAAUGUA